AUGCCCCCCAAGAACAGCCUUCCCAAUCUGAACCACUUCAUGGAGAAGCGGGUUAUGGUGAAGCUGCAGGGAGGCCGCUCCAUCUCGGGUGAAUUGCGGGGCGUCGACCAAUUCAUGAGUGUCGUCCUCUUCGACGCCGUUGAUGAGAGUCACCACCCGCACAACGGCGGAACUGAGGAGAAGACGGCACUCGGCACCACUGUUAUCCGCGGGAGCACCAUUGUAGACAUUGUGGGGCUGGAGGCGUAG